UUUUAAUGGAGUACCUUCCCACAGGUGAACGUUUGUUCCCGCUCAUCCAGACCAUGCACUCAAACCUGGCUGGGAAGAUUACGGGGAUGCUGCUGGAGAUUGACAACUCAGAGCUGCUGCACAUGCUGGAGUCCCCCGAGUCUCUCCGCUCCAAGGUGGAUGAAGCUGUAGCGGUCCUACAGGCUCAUCAUGCCAAGAAAGAAGCUGCCCAGAAGGUGGGCGCUGUUGCUGCUGCUACCUCUUAGACAAGGACAAACCGUAUGUUUGGC